GGCAUGGAGGGCCAGGACCCCAGGGGAGCAUCCCCCCCGCCAGAAGAAGAGCCACACGGGGCACCCCCCCUGCUGGCCGAGGCCCCCGCGAGGGCAGCAGCAACCGAGGCGGCGCCCCCGCCGGCCCCGGGAACGGAGGAGGAGGAGGAGGAGGAAGGUGAGGGGGAGAUGGUAGAGGUGAACCAUCAACACACGCAGACAAAGCGCAAGGCGACGGCCAAGCAGGGAGCAGCAGGCUACACGGUGCGAGCGGUGGCGCCGGCCGAGAGGGCGGAGCUGGUGUCGGUGGCCAAGGCCAUGCACCGCGAGCGCUUCGGCCGCACCGUGCAGGAGCUCUUCAGCCUGGAGCGCGAGGCCGCCCUCAAGGCCAUCAAGACGGGCCUGUACGUUGGGUGGCGCUGCCCCGAGUACCUGUGGGACUGCUUCCGCGUGGGCGACCGCUCCAAGUGCUUCUGUGGGCACCUGCUGCAGGAGCACCAGGUCUAUGCCGAGACGCGGGUGCUGGUGCCCUGCGCCAUGCCCCACUGCAAGUGCCAGGGCUUCGCCUUCGUCCCGGCCCGGCCCGAGGACGCGGGCGAGGUGUGGCUGAAGCGGAGGGGCGGCUUCGACGCCGCAGCCUGGCGCGCCACGUGCCGCUGCAAGCACAGCCACGAGCAGCACAGCGCUGGCGGCCUGCCACCCACCCGCUCCCCCCGCGCAGGCUGCGGCUGCACGAGCUUCGAGUCCAGCUUCCUGUGCGCGGCCUGCGACCGGCGCUGGGAGCAGCACGAGACCUUCUUCGAGUCGACGGCGGCGCGGCGGCAGGGGGGGCGGCCGCACGCGCGCACGAGCUGUUCCUGCCGGCCGCAGCGGCAGUCAGAGCCCGGGCGCCUGUCGGGACACACGGACACGGCGGACCCCGAGGAGGCAACAGGCUGGGCCCCGGUGCCUGCUCGAGAGGCAGAUGCUGCCCCACGCCCGGCACGUGCCCGCGGGGCUUCGCCGGGAGGCGAGAGUCCGCCCAAGGGGCCGGCCAGAGGGCCAAGGCCACAGCCGGGGGAAAUGGCUGAGGCCCAGGGGCUGCAGCGGCAGCCGGUUCCUGCUCUCGGCAGACGGCUCCCAGCAGCGGCAGCUGCAGCAAAGGGGAAGUGA